AACUAACACCUUGAGUAUAACAAUUUCUCAUGUUGAUAAUAAUUCCACCAUGAGCGUGUCUCGUGUGCGGCAAUUAGCCUAUAAAUCAGCCUCAUCUCACAUCAAGUCUUGCCCGAGACUUUAUGCACGACCUGUAACACAAUGGCGUUCUCAUAGUAACUACAACCACUUUGUUGGUCGCACCAAGCUUGCCUCCACAGACCCAAAUGCUGAUUUCCUUCCUUUUAUGUGUAAGGAAGUGAAGCCUUUCACUCUGGCUAUCAAGGAUAAUAUCGCAACCUCUGACUUCCCAACACAAUGCGCCUCAACCAUUCUCUCUUCUCACUCCUCACCCUUCGAAGCUACUGUGGUUCGUCAACUGCGCAAACGCGGAGCAACGGUGGUUGGAAAGACCAACAUGGAUGAAUUCGGUAUGGGCUCUCAUUCGACAAACUCAGUGAAUGGCGCAGUGAGGAAUCCCCUGGCCAAGAAUGACGAAGUGUCAGCCGGCGGAAGCUCAGGUGGAAGCGCCGUUGCAGUACGACUGGGAGAUGCCGAUAUUGCCCUAGGAACAGAUACAGGAGGUUCAAUUCGACUACCUGCGGCAUAUACUGGAAUAGUUGGCUACAAGCCUAGUUAUGGCAUGAUUUCUCGGUUUGGCGUGGUUCCAUAUGCAAACUCUCUGGAUACAGUCGGCUUCUUGUCCAAGGAUGUCAAGCCGAUACACAACCUCAUCUUCGAGACUGGCAUGCACAACGAACAUGACUCUGGGGAUCCAACAUCACUACCUGCCGCAUCUCGAAAACGAUGUGCUUCAACAAUACCAUCCACUCUUCCCGAACUAUCAAGAUUAAAUAUCGGCAUUCCUCUCGAAUACAAUAUUGACGAGCUUGACCCUUCUAUCCGCGCCGCUUGGGUUUCUGCUGCCUCUGCUCUGAAGGCUCAAGGCGCGACUCUAGUUCCUAUCUCUCUACCCUCCACAAAAGAAGCCCUGUGUGCUUACUAUGUCCUUGCUCCUGCGGAGGCCUCGUCGAAUCUUGCCAAGUACGACGGUGUUCGCUACGGAAAGCGUGGUGAAGGUGGUGAUGCAGUGGGCGAGACUCUCUACUCUGAUGCCCGUGGUGAGGGCUUUGGUGAAGAGGUCAAGCGACGAAUUCUCCUUGGCACAUACAGUCUCAGUUCUGAGGCAAUAGACAACUACUUCAUUCAAGCCCAAAAGGUCCGACGGAUGGUCCAGAAGGAUUUUGAUCGAGUAUUCCGGCUUGAUAACCCCCUUUAUGAGCCCGCGCAGUUUGACUUGAGUGACAUGGCCGAGGCCACCGGCAUGGAGGACAAGACUGGCCCUGUUCAAGUGGACUUCAUCCUCUCUCCUACAGCGCCAACAUUCCCUCCAAGACUGGAAGACCUCAAGCAGCAGAGCAGUGUAGACGUUUACAUGAACGAUGUCUUUACGGUUCCAGCAAGUUUGGCAGGCUUACCAGCUGUGAGUGUCCCAGCUAAGGUGGAGGGAAGUCAGUUCCCAGCAGGAUUGCAGGUCAUCGGACAAUACUGGGACGACCAGAGGGUGCUUCAACUGGCAGAAAAGUUAAAAUCCCUGGCGGCAUGAUUGUAGAUAUAUUACAAGCGAUGAUUUUAUGAUAUUAUUGUACAUUAGAACAACUAGACGACAGCAGUAUCUUGAGCAUAUCUGAGUGGUUCGCCUGUUCCCCCAUCAAACUUCCUGUUUUGCAUUGAAUGGGUAUCAUGAAUGCGUAUCCGGCUAGCUGUAUAUUUGCCGCGGUCCAGUUUGAGUGAUUCAAGUGCCCUAUACAAGUAGGUGAAGGGUCUGAUAAGCAUGCAAGAGCCCUAGCUCUGCCAUUCUCGACUUUCGAAUGGCACCCUAUCAGCUUAAUAUGGCACGGUCUCUGUUCGUCUUGCGUCGUUACCAUAGACAUUCAACACCUGUAGAUGUUGUCGUAGAUGAGGCAGUUUCCACAUAUCGAGCUAAGCAUGCCGUAUUGAUAAACUAGGCAGAAGCUUUUUCGUUCGCUCGCCCUAACGGUGCUAUCCAUAAUCUCUUGAAGCGACAGGAGAGUAGAACCACGACGUCUGGCUUUUAGUAAUGAUUUAUGGUGUUUUGCGAGUCAACUCUUUUGGUUGCUGUGCGGGGACAGUCCAUCUGAUCAAGGUGAGCGACUUCGACUUCGACUUCGACUGCGGCCUCGACUCUGACUUCUCCUCUCAUCACGAUCAACUUCCAUAUCAUCUCUAUCGGAAAUCUCUCCAGAUUCUUCUCUUGUUCCAUUCUCUUCCUCUGCUUCGUCCUCUUCCUCGAGAAGAUCCUCAAGAUCACCAAGGGGACUAACCCUUGGCUCGAGAAUUUCCAAAUCUUCCAAAACCUCUCGCUUUGGCAUCUUCCAAAGACUUGUACCGCAUACUCGCUCCUUUGUCAACAGCUCGUCCACAAAUUCGUCCAUGAAUGUCAACACCACGCCCGCCCUUCCUCUCCGUCGAAGUUUGCGCCUAUCCUCGAGGAACGGCUCCAGCAUCUCGUACACAUCCUUCGCUUGUCUUGUGAGUCGGAAGUAGAAGCACGCAAGCGCGCGCAGGUAUUUAAAAGCCUCUCCGCCAUAUUUCAAGUACUCCAUGAGCACUGCAUCGCUGGGCGAAAGUUCAAGCAGCUUGAAGGCAAGACACAGGAAUGGACUGGGUUUUUGUGUGACACCGUACGUUCCACCAAUGAAAUUGACAUGCUCGACGACGCGAUCGACAAUAUCCGCUUCGUUGAGCGCAAAGCAUUGCUCUUUGUAAAAGUACGAGUCGACGAUGCGAUCCUUGACGGCCUUUUCCAUAAUAGUCGCGGGAUUGAGGCCGUUUGGCGCGACCGAUACGUUAGAGCCACGCUCAUCGAGGAAGCGACGCGCAUCGGCGUGAACUGUAUCUUUGUUUCUGCUCAUUGUGUGUGAUCGUGGUUUAGAAAGUUGUCGAUUGUCAAGGUUGGAGAUGG